CCAAUCAGAGAUCGACAUGCUCCUUUACAUGUGCAUAAUAUAUUCCGCCGACAUUGCGCUCUCUUCUCCAGAACAUAAACAACCGCGCACGGAUAAAUAUAUUGCGAGGAACACUACGUUAAUUUUGUACUAACUGCGGAUAUAAACACUACUUAAAAAACAAUGUCUUUGAUGAACGUAAAUGCCCGCUCUCCAAUGGACAUUGAUCUAGGACUCUUCCACAACGAAGACGCAGACGAGACUUUCCUUAAAAGACUAUCCGUAUAUGCCACCAUUAGGCCAGGCGACCUGAAGAGCGAUAUCUCAGUCAGUCGGACAAAUGGUCACAAUUCCCUGACAGACCUCUUCAAAAUAUGGGACCUGAAAGAACAAACCGUUAUUGGCAGUGAAGACGGACACGAAGAACACCUUCCAGAACAGCUUGAACUGAGAGACCACGAGCUGUCUGUGAAAGGGUUUGAAAUUGACAGUCGUAUUGUUCCUGGUUUCCGCUACACUGUUCGCUACAUUGGGACCAAAGAGUACCUUUUUGACGGGGAAGCGAGGCGUCUCGAAACCAUUGGCCUCGGCUAUGGCCGACGAAUGACAUUCCAGGGCGAUAGUCUGAAUUUCAACGACUGUUUUUUCUGGUCUGAUAGCAUUCCAGAGGGAUUUGCUUUCAAUAUAGAUGCGUUGAGAGAGGGAGAUGCCUUCACUAUUGCCGAUGCCGAAUCGCAAUUAAUUGGAACUGUUGAAGUCCAGAAAGUUGAAUUUCCUCAAAUUGAAAAAGACACUUUUAUUGAAGGCAAUGCUGUUGUUAAAAAUGUUAAAGUUAGAUUUGCAUGCUUUGUGAAACUGUUCAACCACCAUAACCAAAACUUGGUAAAUGUUAACACCCAAGAUUUUGAAGUUGUCGAAGGCAUAGCUCAAACUGUAAAAGAAAGGGGCAGUAAGGAGGCUGUUGUUAAGCGCAUCAGUGAUGUGCAUUUCAACUCCCUUGGAAAAUGCACACUCCAUUACGAUCCUUGAAUUAUAACUGAACUUUAUUUGAUUUUUUAUUAUCAAAGUAAAGAGAUAAAACACCCAAAAUACCCAGCGUCACAUCGGAACACAUUGAAUCUGAAAAGAUCUCGUUUGGAUAGAUGCUUGCCAAUUUCCUAUUUAAACUAAACAAGACCUGAAAAAGAGUGCACAUACGGGAAAUUAUUGAACUUGUAUUAACACAUUGCCAUAGUUUUCUGUAAAAUGGGAACGGGUUUCCUAUUCCGGUAUCACAAAUGCCAUUGACAUUAAAAUUAUUAUAUACAUAAUUAUGUUUACAGUUUAACAUAUUUGAGAAUUAUUUUCUUUCCUUGUUACUUGUUAUUUUUAAAUAAAUGGGUAAAACCUG